UCAACACCUUUCCCCCUCAAUGAGAGGUAACUCUUAUCCUGCAUUUUCAGUCAGCAGCAGCCCGUCCCUCCACCCUUCUCUCCUCACCCGCUUUCCGGCAUCUCCCCACCCUCCACUCUUCCCUCGCAAACUCCCGACUUUGCGUACGUAAUCAAUCCUUCACGGGAGACGCAAGCCGUUAGAUUGCAUCCAGUCUCAUUCGUUCACAGCUCGACCCCGUACAGCGAGCAUCGCUCGUCGAUUCACUUGUUCAACUCCUUUUUAGCAACCACCAAACCAUGCAAGACCACCAGUGGGUCCACCCUGAGGGCCUAUCCUCGGCCGGGUCGCCUUUAUCCUUCACCAACAGCACUCCCACGCCCAAUGCGAGCCUGUUCAACUAUGCCCCAUCUCAACACCAUCACAGACCUAGCACCAGCUCAGGCUACCACAUGAUCAACCCUAGUGGUCUUGGAAGGUCAAGUUCUGGGAUCUAUGUUGGUGGUAUCGGUAGUCUCACAACCGUUGCGCCGACGGCAAUCCCACCGCCUGUCGCAGUGGAGAAGCCGCUUGUACCUGUCUUUGGAGGUGAUUCAGGAAGGGGGAGACCGAAAAGCAAGAAUCCAAAAGCGAAGCCGCAGGGUUUAGGGACGGAGAGAAAGGCUAGGAAAAAAGUUGCGAAAGCGUGUUUGGCGUGCCAAAAGAGCCAUUUAACGUGUGAUGAGCAACGACCGUGUACGAGAUGUGUUAAAAAGGGAAUGGCGGAUAAGUGUGUGGAGGGCGUGAGGAAAAAGGCCAAGUAUUUGAUGGAAGGUGAUGAACGACUAUCAUCGUCGAUGCAGUCACAAGCAUCCAGCGUUCACAGCAUGUCACCUCAAUCCAUACACCAAAGUCUCCCCACCAUGGCUACCUUACCCACCCAGUCGACGGAUUCGCAAAUACAAGAUGUCUGGCUCGCUAAUGCCAUACAGCGCCAAAAUCCUACACCAAACAUUAACAUUGCACCGGGUAUGAGCAUGAACCAAAGCGAUGUGUGGGGGACACAGAGUGCAGAGAUCACUCCUGGAACUUACUCUGGUUACUCGACCACAGCUGGAACAGCCGCGAACAACGAGUAUCAAAUGCUGGAUGCCAUGUUUUCUUCCCUCUCUCCCGUUUUCCCUGGUCUCAACGAUUCCUUGGACGACACUAGCCGUCAAAUAGCAAACGUCACUCAAGCCGGUACCAACCUCGACCUCGUGAACAACUCUGGCCCCAACUCGUUUGAUCCCCAACAACCAUGGAUCAAUCCUUCUCCUUCCCAGUCCGCCAACACGUACAACCCUACCCCAUCUGGAUCUAGUGUCCCUGGCACCGGUAUAUCACCAAGCACGUACGGGGGAAGCGAAGUGUCGCCGCAUCAGCAAUGGGGAUGGGGGAGCAUGGAUGCGCCAGGACAGGUCAUGUUGGAUGGUAGUGGAGUGCCCGGUCAGCGGAAUCAGGUGGAUUUAGGACAGGUGAGAGGGCCUGGAACGGUGACGGCUUCGAAUGAGUGGAGACGGACCAAUAAGGCGUUGACACCUCAAGAGGUUUAUCGAGCUGUUGUCCGACCUUAUGAGUACACCCAGGGAUAUCACGUUUUGAUGGAUUAUCUCACCAAAAACUUUGAGACCAGCGAUGUCCUCCGCGUCGUUCGCUCCCUCGCAUCCUUCCGUCCCUCGCUUAUCGCCCUCCAAAUGUCCAUGUCAGAAGAAGAUGAAGUGUUCCUCGAAAAAUCGUUCCAACGUACCAUGAUCGAACUUGAAAAACUCAUUUCAUAUUGUGCCACACCGACAGCAGUGUGGCGACGGACAGGCGAAGUGUGUUAUGCCAAUCCAGAGUUUUGUGAGCUAGUGGGUAAGACGGAUAAUGAGUUGCUUUCGAGGAAGACGUAUAUCUAUCAACUUUUUGCCAAGCCUUCUGUGGUAUCAUACUGGGAAGGCUUCUCGACGCACGCAUUCGAAAAUACGACUCAAAACUUUUUCCAGUCUAUCUCAUUAGCAUUAGAUGCUGGUGAGGUUAAUCCUUGUACUUGCUGUUUCACUAUCCGUCGUGAUGUGUUUGAUCUCCCGUCUGUGGUGAUUGGUCAAUUCUUACCGAUCCCCUCUGAGACGCAAUAAAAAUGAACUGUUGAAUGGACGUGGACUGUGCAAACUGUGGGAGUAUGUUGGAUUUUGUAUGGUGAAGAUGAGGAGAAAGAGGGGCGUUUGGCGAAUGGGCCGAGAUUUGAUGUACAAGUACAUUUAUGUCUAACCUCUUUUAGUUCUGUUCAUUUCCGCUUCAUGUCUAUACUGCUCUUUCAUUUCUUCUUAGAUUUUUUGGGGUAUUCUGACUUUUACUGUCUCUUUCUACUGACAAAUACUGUCCACUUUUCAUACAUUGAAUAAGAAAUCUCGUCUUGGAAAAGCUACUGUUUGAAAAAGCAUUCAAACAAAUUCAUGCAUUCAAAUUGAAACGGC